UGUGAUGAGAAAACAUUAUAAAACCUUUCGUCGUUUUUGGCGAAACCAUGCACCGCACAGAGUAAGCUCUGAAACUCUCUUUUGAUCGGAGCCAAAUUCUCUCAAAUUCCCAAACCCAACAUCAUAACCUAAAGCAACCACCUUUAUCAGCUCAAAUUCCUCAUUCGCUUCAUUUUCCGGUCGCCGUUUCAGCUUCUGAGUUUUUUGGCGCCACUUUCAGGAACCGCCAUUGGGGUUUGCGGAAAUUGCAAUGUUCGUGAUUCUCAGUGUUCAUGUGUGCUAACGGUAUCAGCGCUGCUGUGGAGAAUUAAGAACCUUAAUUCCUAUGCUUGGUUUAUAAGAUAUUGUAAUUGAAGAAAGCAACUUUAUACUGCACAUUUAUGCCAAGCACUAGCAAUGCUUGAAUAUACCGAAGCAAAGAUAGAAGAGGAGUUAGUGGCCAUUUAGAGAAAUAAACUGCCAAACAUGGAAUGUAAUAAAGACGACGCCAUAAAGGCUAAAGAGCUUGCCGAGAAGACGCUACUUGAGAGGGACCUAAGCAGUGCAAAGAUAUUUGCAAAGAAGGCGCAAGACAUGUAUCCUAAUCUUGAUGGCCUUCGUCAAUUGCUGGCCACUAUUGAGGUGUAUGCUUCGGCUGAAAAAAAGGUUAAUGGUGAAGUUGAUUGGUACAGGGUCCUUGGUGUUGAACCAAUGGCAGAUGACCAAACAAUUCGAAGACAUUACAGGAAACUGGCUCUUAUUCUGCACCCUGAUAAAAAUAAAUCGGUAGGGGCAGACGAGGCAUUUAAUCUUAUCACACAGGCAUGGACUUGUUUGUCUGAUAAUGCCAAGAGAGUCGAGUAUGACCAAAAGCGCAACUUCUCUGGCAUAUAUUGUGGGAAACCAUCUGCACCAGCUCGUCCGAGUGGUUUCUUUGGUAACUUAAAUGCUGCUAACUGGAAGAAUAGAGAUCAAGGGAGUGCUACACAUCAAACUCAAACUACAAGACCUCCCACGUCAAUGAACCCGACAUUUUGGACCAUGUGCUUGUCCUGCAGGACAAAGUUUGAGUACAAUGCUCAUUUUGUCAACUGCAAACUUACCUGCUUCAACUGCAACAAGACCUUUGUAGCUUCUGAGGCAUCGCCCCCACGUGUAUAUAGAAAUGCUUCAUCUACUUCAAGCAUUUCUCAGAUGAACCAAAAUAACCCUGGUGGCAUUUCGAGAAUGCCGUCAUUUUCUACUGCUGCUGAAACUCCUGGUGUUUUCAAAGUUCCAUCUGAUACUUUGAAGAGGGCAUGCGAAGCUUCAACACCCGACAAUGCCCUUGCUGCUGAGAAAACUGGUGUUGCAGGUUCAACAUUUCAUUCCUGUUCAUUUGGUUCAAAUUCUUCUCUGAAAGGAGAUGGGCCAAGGAAAAAAAUCCGCACAAGUGAAUUCAAAGUAAACAGUGAUAGGAAAUAUACACAAAAUGGGGUAGCUUCUCGACACGAAGGAGUAAGCUUGGCAAAUGAACUUGGGUCUGAAAAGGAUAAUUCUGAAACCGGAAGGAUGAGUGCUGCUGGAAACUACAAACGUAAUGUUUUUUGGGAAAUACCACAACAGAAAAUGAAGAAGAUUCUAAUGGAGAAGGCGAGAAAGGAAAUUCAGAAAAAGCUUGAAGAAUGGAAUGUUGCUUCUGAAGCAAGGAAUUUGGAAAAGUCAAAGUAUGCUGCUACAGAGAUCAUAGAGAAGGACAAGAAAAAGGCGAAAGAUGUCAUAGAGAAGGAGAACAAAAAGAUUACAUAUGCUGUAAAACCUGACACGAAAAAUGCUAUUCGUGGUGCAAAACCUGGUGCACAAGGAAUUGUUGCUUCUGAUAAAAUUGGCAAAAAACAUAUCCCUCCUGCUGAUCCAGUUGUGGCUGAUUAUACAGUCUUGAUGAGUGUUCCAGACCCGGACUUCCAUGAUUUCGAUGGGGACCGUAUUGAAAAUGCUUUUGGCGCAAACCAGGUGUGGGCUGUUUAUGAUGAGGACGAUGGCAUGCCACGCUACUAUGCUUUGAUUCACGAUGUGAUCUCAAAGAAACCGUUCAACAUGAGAAUUAGCUGGCUUAACUCGAAGACAAACGAUGAAUUGGCUCCAAUAGAGUGGGUUAGUUCUGGCUUUCCCAAGACCUCUGGGGAUUUCAGAAUAAGCAAGCAUGUUGUCUAUAACAGUCUUAACUCCUUUUCGCACAAGGUUCAAUGGACAAAAGGUGCAAGAGGGAUUGUGCAUAUAUAUCCCAAGAAGGGGGAUGUUUGGGCCUUGUAUCGGAACUGGUCUGCUGACUGGAACCAAUUUACCAAAGACGAAGUCAUUCAUAAGUAUGACAUGGUGGAAGUGCUGGAAGACUACAAUGAGAAGCAAGGUGUGAAUGUUGCUCCACUUGGUAAAGUUCAGGGUUUCAAGACAGUGUUUUGCCGGAACAGGGAUCCAAGGAGAAUAAAAAACAUUCCAAAGGCAGAGAUGUUUCGCCUCUCGCACCAAGUACCUGCGUACUUGCUCACUGGUCAAGAAGGCCAUAAUGCUCCUAGAGGCUGCUUGGAGCUUGAUCCAGCCGCCACACCUAUGGAACUUCUUCAAGUAGUCACAGAAAUACCCGAGCAAGAAUCGGUAGAUGAAUUUCAGAGCAAAGAGAAUCCCGGGCGUGAUGAGAAGAGUCGAAAAAUUAAGCAAGAUUCUGCUCAGGAAAUUCCAAGAAAGGAAGGGGCUGAAGCAAUUGGAAAGAAAGAUGGUAAGCCUGAUAUUUUGUAUGUAUAUAGGAGAAGACAUCUAAGGGAAAAGAGAGCAAUGUAGUGUGUUACUUGUGAAGAGAUUGUGUUCACCAUAUAGCUUACAAUCAAGAACUCAAAACAAAUUAGAGCAGGAUUUGGAACUUCAAAGUUUUUCUUUUGUUUCUAGUGAUAAAAAAGAAAAGAUAACAGAGUUGGGUGCACUUGUAGAGUUGAUUAAGAUGCUCUUUUAGUUGUUGGUGUAUAUUGGCUCUUUCAGUUGUCAAUGUUAAUUGUUAUAGUUGCUUUUAA